AUGGUGAACUUUGCUGCCCUGAUGCGUGACCAUUGGGUGAACAUAUUUGUUCCCCUUGGCUUUGUGAUCGGGAUCUACAUGGACAGAGCACAGGACCAGAAGCUGACCGCUUUCAGGAACAAAAGCGCAUUGUACAGCAGGUGAGUUAUAAAUCUGCACCCACACACCAAUACCAGAUUCACAAUAUAGAGGCGAGCCAUACCUGCAUGGAUAUUCUCUUUUCACAUUGUCCUUUUCAGAAACUAUGGCAGAUGCAAGACCAGGCCGGCCCAGUACAGCUUGGUCUUGUGGUGUGAAUCAGGCAUCAGCAUCUAGCCUUCAUAUGAAAGGAUACAUUCUUAGCAAUAAUCUAAGUGGGUACUAACGGUCCUCUGAAUAUUCUUCCUUCUGUAUAGGGAGCUGAAGCCAGGUGAGGAAGUCACCUGGGAGUAGACCCACCCAUCACCUGGAAUAUUUAUUGUGCCCAAGUCACAUCUUCUGUUGUGUGAAUGAUGUUUUCUGGAUGGUCUUCAAAUCAAGUAUGCCGAUAAGAAGUUUCUGUAUCUUUAAGGGUUGUAUCGACCAAUAAAUAUGUCCCUUUGUCAUCCAGUCAAUCAUUUGUGUGAUGAAGUAUACACAAUUGUAGCGAUAAUGUGAAGUUGGACAUUUCUAUUACAAUGUACUUCCAUUAGCAACACACACACACUAGGAUUGAUUUACACACCAAUAUGCAAGACGGUUUUAAUUCAAUACUUACUGAACAAGUAAAGGGUAACAUUACAGACCUAUUACUUUUGAUUGAUCAUUGCGUUCCAGCAUUGCACCAUUGUUUCUGAAGAGUCUAGAUGAGUUAGUUGUAGAGGGCAAUGCUGAUGCACUACUCAAGUUAAUUCGACUGCUGUCCUAAAAUCAGAUAACAAUUAUUCCUACACGUAGUGCGAGGUGAAUGAUGCUGGUGCAGCAGAUAUUUCUUGUGAAACUUGUAUUAGAGUCCCUUCAUGAUUCAGGAUCGCUGCAGAGGUUCUGCAGUGUGAAUAAGCCCUUUCUCAAACAGCAGCUCGGCCAAGGACACCUGGAAGAGAGCACAGAAUUACAUCUAAGAAAACUGCAGUGCAGACCCAAGCACUGA